CGCGCCGUCGCCGCGCGUGACGUAGGAGCCGCUGAGCUGUACGGCGGCUAUGGAGGGCCCUAUGACAGCGCUGAGUGUCCUGCUGGCUGUCACUGUGCGCUGGGCUGUGUCCCUGUACCCGUACUCAGGGGCCAGGACGGCGCCUAUGUUUGGAGACUACGAAGCCCAAAGACAUUGGCAGGAGGUGACUCUCAAUCUCCCGGUAAAGCAAUGGUACUUCAAUUCCACGGACAAUGACCUUCUCUACUGGGGUCUCGACUACCCCCCUCUCACAGCCUAUCACAGUCUUCUCUGCGGUUACAUAGCUCACAUGAUCAAUCCGGACUGGGUGGCGCUGAACUCUUCGCGAGGAUACGAGGGCCUUCACCACAAGCUGUUCAUGCGAGCAACGGUUUUGGUUGCAGAUCUGAUCAUUUACAUCCCCGCAGUUAUCUUGUACUGCUCUCACCUGCAAGAACCAUCCUCAAAAAGAAAGGUGCUGUUUCUGUUCUGCUUUUUGCUUUAUCCUGGCCUCAUCCUCAUAGACUAUGGACAUUUUCAAUACAACUCCGUCAGCCUCGGUUUGGCCCUCUGGGGGAUCAUCGCGCUCUUGCGUGGCUGUGAGGCAUUGGGGUCGCUGGCGUUUUGCCUCGCCCUUAACUAUAAACAAAUGGAGCUUUACCACGCGCUGCCGUUCUUCUGCUUCCUCCUGGGGAAAUGUAUCAAGCAAGGAAUCACAGGCUGGGGGCUCCUUCUGCUGCUGAAGAUCGGGGUGACGGUAAUUGCCGCCUUCAGCCUCUGUUGGAUCCCUUUCUUGACAGACAUUGAACAAAUCCUCCAAGUCCUCAGAAGACUUUUCCCCGUGGGCCGUGGACUCUUUGAGGAUAAAGUUGCCAAUGUUUGGUGCAGCCUCAGCGUCCUGUACAAGAUCAAGGGCGUUCUCUCUCCGCAGGCUCAACUACAUCUCAGUUUUGCGUGUACCGUGCUGGGCGUGCUCCCGUCCUGUGUCAAGCUUACUGCUCACCCGACUAUCAGCGGGUUUAAACUCACGUUGGUGAACUGCGCUUUAUCAUUUUUCUUGUUCUCCUUUCAAGUCCAUGAGAAAUCCAUCCUCCUGGUGUCAUUGCCGGCCUGUCUACUCCUCAGUGAGCUUCCUCUGAUGACCACCUGGUAUCUGCUGACAUCGACUUUCAGCAUGCUGCCGCUCCUGCAGAAAGAUGGGUUGGUGAUGGCGUACGUGGUCACUACUCUGAUCUUCGUCCUGGUGAGCGCCGCCGCCUUGUCGUUUCACCAGAAGACAUCUGAAGAUUCCCUGAAGAUGAAGCCAUUUUGCGCGUCUAUACGAAGAUACAUUCCUUGGUUUAGACUUCACGAAACACUGGUAAAGAUGCUGUUCUUCUCGUCCGUGCUGACGAUGGCAGCGUUGACCGCCGCGAGCUGUGCCCUGGCUCCGCCCCCUGCACUCCCCGACCUCUUUCCUGUCCUGAUAUCUGCCGUUUCCUGCAUUCACUUCCUGAUGUUCUUAUUCUACUUCAAUACCAUUUACCUGUGGGAUAACGUGGAGAGGAGAAGCAAGAAAAAAAUGUCGUAAUUUUUUAUUCUUUUUCCACUUUGUCAUAAAAAGAAUUGGGUGUCUAUCACACCCACGGACCAAAAAAUCUUAUUUUUUUUACUUUUUUUUAUUUUUUUAUACGGUUUGAUAAUUUGUCACCA